UGGCGCUACACAAGGACUGUCACAUACAAGCUGGAACAAGGAAGUAUUUGAACGCUAUAUCUGGGUUAUAAGGACUUUAAUGCAACCAUGUGAGGCAUACACUCAGCUGAGUGACCACAUUCAAUGCACUCGGACAUAGAAUGACACUAACAAAGCGGAAGAUAGCUUGGUGUGCCAUGGUCCAGAACUGUUCCCCAGCUUUUUUGAGCCUUUCACCCUGAGCUCAGAGGGGAUCUGAAAAAGUGGCCCACUAUGAUUGCCACGGCACUUCUCUGGCUGGCCCUCAUUUCCCACAUCAUCAUCACCAUUGGAGGUAAUGUUCUGGUGUGUUUGGCCGUUGGGCUGAGCCGGAGAUUGUGGCGCAUCAGUAACUGCUUUGUGGUGUCUCUGGCCAUCACAGACCUUCUCCUGGGACUGCUGGUGCUGCCCAUGUCUGCCAGUGUAGAGUUGCGCAAGGGCCGGUGGUCUCUAGGGGGCAUCCUGUGUAAUCUGUACAUCUCCAUAGAUGUAAUGUUGUGUACAUCCUCUAUUCUAACUCUUAUGGCCAUUAGUGUGGAUCGGUAUCUGGCCAUCACCGCCCCUCUCAGCUACUCCCGCAGAGUGACCACUGUCAGAGUCAUAGUGGCCACUGUGGCUAUAUGGACCUGCUCACUGGCUGUGGCCUUCCUUCCUGUGCACAUGGGCUGGAACACAGCAGACUACAAUGUGCAGCACUUGGACUGGACCAUAGGAGAUGAGGAUCAGGAGAGCCGAUAUUGCCUGUACGAAUGGAAUAACAGCUAUGUGAUUGUGUAUACCUCUGGAACAUUUUAUCUGCCCCUGCUGCUCAUGACUGGGAUGUACCUGUGUAUAUUUAGAGUGGCUCGAGAACAGGUGCGUCGUAUUCGAGCAGCUACACCAUCAUUUGCCCGCACUGCCUCCACUGCAGCCAUAUCCAAAGAGCACAAGGCUACAGUGACUCUGGCUGCUGUUCUUGGAGGCUUCAUCAUCUGCUGGUUUCCAUACUUCACCUACUUCACCUUUAUGGGCAUGAGAGGCAGGGCCAUCCAUCCUAACACAUAUCACUCCAUAGCACUGUGGCUGGGGUACUUCAACUCAGCACUGAACCCCAUCCUGUACCCAGCCUUUAACAGGGACUUCCAGAGUGCGUACAGGGAACUGCUUCACUGCAGGAGACCAUCUCAAAAAAAGCCACACCUUUCAAAUAUUUCUGUGCAUAAACGCUUAACCAAUGGCUCCAAUAUUUCACAACAGUCAAACAAUGAGGAGCAAACCAAUAAAGAGAAUACAGAGCCAUAUGAGUCAAACGGUACCCGAGUCUAA